AUUAGUAGUCACGUACUGGAUCAGUGGAUUACGCGUUCCUUCUACCGACCUCCUACAUACCUUCAUUGACUUUGAGAGCUGAGAUGCUGUUACGAAUUAGGUCGAAGGAUGGAAACUUUCGUUUCGAACUCCCUUCAACCGCUGACAUUUCAGUGCUUGUGAACAAGAUCUUAGAGACUACUGUGGAUGCCGAUCCUGCGUCUCUUACUGUCUCGAAUCAACCCCGGGGCAAUGAAACCUCAGUGUCCACUCUGAAGGGGCGAAAUCUGCAAACACUCGGACUGAAACAUGGUGAUAUGAUAUUUGUGGGAUAUCAUACCAAAGCCCCACAAGCACCCACAGCACCCACAGCAUCGACGUCUAUUGACACACCGAGCUCGACGCGACUUCAGUCAAAUAUAUGGGAAACUAUACAAGAGGAUGCGGUCGACGUCUAUUGGCGCUCGAAAGACGGAAAAAUUCCACGAGGUCGUGAUGCGCGGUUUUGCAAACAUGGCGCCAACGGGAUGUGUGACUAUUGCAUGCCACUUGAGCCAUACGAUACUGCUUAUCAGGCCGAACAUAGCAUAAAGCAUCUGUCAUAUCACGCUUAUCUUCACAAGAUAUCGCCAAAGACGUCAUCCGCUGCCGUCUCUGCUAUUCCUCCCCUAUCCCCAUUCUCGUACAAGGUUAAAGAUCUGUGUCCCAGCGGCGGGCACCCACCUUGGCCAGCCGGAAUAUGUACGGCAUGUCAACCCUCUGCGAUUACGCUACAGUCUCAGCCAUUCCGUAUGGUCGAUCACCUGGAGAUCGCUUCACCGGAAAUUAUAGAACGCUUCCUCCAAGCUUGGAGAUCUACAGGGCUGCAAAGGUUCGGCUGGCUCAUUGGACGGUACGAGCCAUAUGAAAAGGUUCCUAUGGGUAUCAAAGCUGUGGUCGAAGCCCUAUAUGAGCCACCUCAAGAAGGCGAACUUGAUGGAUUGACUCUUGGUAUCCCAUGGGAGGACGAGCCUCGCAUUCGAGAGCUAGCCAAGAUGGCUUCGACUCCAUUGUCCAUUGUCGGUUACAUUUUCACGGACUUGAACCCAGAUCCAGAAGAUAGGACUAAAAGCAUAUAUAAACGCCACCCUCAUUCCUUCUUUGUAUCCUCCCUGGAGGCCAUCUUUGCUGCCACUAUACAGAAGGCCAAUCCCACCCCUUCACGCUCAUCUCCUAGUGGCGUAUUCGGAUCACGAAUGGUCACUGCAAUUCUUACAGCUACGGAAGAUGGAAAAGUGGACAUAUCUGCAUAUCAAGUUUCCGAGCAAGCGUGUGCCAUGGUGGACGCUGAUAUGAUUGAAGCCAGCGUGGAACCUGGAAUUGUUCGCGUUAAAGAGGAAGACCGCAGUCAGGAUGCGGCACGUUACGUGCCCGACGUAUUUUUCAGGUAUAAGAAUGAAUACAACCUCGAAGUCAAGAAGAGUGCCAAACCCUGCUUCCCGGUUGAAUACCUCCUCAUUAACGUCACGCAUGGUUUCCCCCAGAGUCCAUCACCACUGUUUCGUUCGAACCAGUUCUCCAUUGAGAAUCGCCCAGGACUUGAUGACCAACACAUAGAAGAUGUGCUCAAGACUUUUGCCAAGCUCGGCGCUCCUCAGAUAUCAGACAAUACGUUCACGGGCGAUGCAUCAAAACGUCUGGAGCUCGCCAAAUGGCUCAGCGACUGGCAUUUAAUCGCAUUCCUUGAGACAACACAACUUGUGUCGAAGGACGAUAUGAAAGUUCUCGUCAGCACAGUGACUUCACCAUCCUUGUUGGGGGACCCAUCGGCACUGGACGCACUUUUCAAGACAGAAAGCUGGCAAACACUCAUGACCUUUACCCGGGAGAGUGCUCCAUCGUUACCAUCCGCAUCUGCACCUGGUCCGUCAUCGUCACACAUCGACGAAGACAUACCACAAGAUGUAUUCGAUCAAAUUGCCGCUGAGGAAGCUGCUCGAAGGGAAGGUCCUAGCGGAGUGAGCUCAGGCAUCAAGAUUUGUCCACACUGCACAUUUGAAAACCCGAAGGGAGAGACAGACUGCGAGGUGUGCGGAUUGCCCUUGGGCUAAUGGUUGACAACAGAUCGAAAGCAUUGCCAAGAAGGAAGAAGAGACGUCAUUGCCUAGAUUGCACAAGUGUAACAACGGGAAUAAUGGACAGAGGAAACGCAGAGAAGCCAAUGUUGUAGGUCUAAAAAUGUGGUAGAAACGAACUGAGACCACGAGUGAGAUGCCGAUCUGGGACCACAUUAGUGAAGUGUCGUCAAAGUAUCGUAAUGGAAAAAAAAUAGUAUCCAAAUAAGAAGCCAAAAUCCAUAAUAGCAAGUGUCCAGAAGGCACUGCUUAGAGAAGGUUCCUCAUGCGAACGCCC